AUGGCUUUUGAGUUGAUAGACGAUAAGUUCAAAAGGAAUACAGAGACGGAAUCUAGAAGCUAUCACAGUAUCUAUCGCUUGAUGAAGCCUCUGCAUGAUUCACCGGGGUGGGAAGAUGAUCCCACUACUUUGAGAGGUGCGCAAAGAGUUUUUACAGCUCAAUUACUGUUAUGCUGUGUAAUUGGAUUUACCCUGUUACUACUAUUCUGCAUGUUCAGAUCAAGAUGGCCCCAUAUGUAUGCCCUUAGAACUUUGAGGGAAUCUAAUAUUAAACCAUUGCCCUUAGGAUGGUUCAGUUGGAUCUGGGCCGUGUAUAAGUUCUCGGAUGAAGAUUUACUUAGAGUUUCCGGACUAGAUGCCUAUGUCUUCGUAGCAUUUUUCCAGAUGUCGAUCAAGAUCUUCCUGAUCAUUUCCAUAUUGGCGAUCGUAGUGUUGCUGCCUGCAAGGUAUUGGGCAAAUAUUCAUGAUGGCGUGGACGGAGUCAAAGGAAGGUCUGCUGCUGGUGGUGGUGGCAGCAAUCCCGAACCAGCGGAAAGUGAAUGGUUCUUUUACUUGUACCCAGUAGCAACUUAUGGCUUUUCCAUUAUAGUGUACCUCUUCUUGUUUGACUAUACUAAAAAGAUCUUGAAAAUUAGGCAGAAAUAUUUGGCGUCUCAGAAUUCAAUCACAGAUAGAACGAUCUUGUUGUCUGGUAUCCCCUCGAAAUUGCUUGUUAAGAAUGAUCCCACUGUGUUGGCUUCGUUUGUGGAAUCAAUGGGAAUUGGGAAAGUUGUAAAUGUCAAAUUCGUGUAUGAUUGGUCUCCUCUCAACAGCCUCUUCGAAAAAAGACUCAAGAUUAUGUCCAAGUUGGAAGAAGUCUAUUCGAAAAUCCAUGGUCUCGAGAUCGAUUUAUAUAAUGAUCAACAAAACCCGGCAGUUUUGCCAGCACAUGUUGACUGUGAGGGAUCAAGUUACAAUACCACAGAAAUUGCAAAUUUAAGAAAUCUUCUUUUGGAGUGUAACGAAGAGAUACGACAAAUACAACAAAAGUUCGAUUUUCUGUCUGGUACUAUGUCAGAUAAAUCUUUCCGUCAAAUUAAUGCAGCAUUUAUCACCAUGGACUCUGUAGCGUCGGCACAGAUGGCUGCUCAAACAGUUUUGGACCCUAGAGUGCACAAGUUAAUAGUUCACUUGGCUCCUGCUCCCAAAGAUGUUAAGUGGGAUUCGUUCAAUUCAACUCAAAGAGAGAAGCUAAUAAGGUCAUAUUUUAUUACUUUUAUCAUCAUUUUGAGUUUCUUGGUUUUGUUCUUCCCAAUUUCAUCUAUUUCUACUUUGUUGAACGUGAAGACAAUCACCAAAAUUUGGCCAGACGUUGGGAAAGCAAUCAGCGAACUGAAAUGGCUUACCACUUUAAUCACUGGUAUAUUGCCUCCAUUUUUGUUUUCUUUGUUCAAUUUUCUGUUGCCUUAUUUUUAUCAAUGGUUAACGUAUUACCAGGGUUAUGUUAGUAACAGUGACAUUGAAUUGUCAACCUUACUGAAAAAUUUCUUUUACAUAUUUUUCAAUUUGUUUCUUGUGUUUACAGUUACAGGAACUGUCCUGAAUUUCUUGGGAAUUAUAGGAGAUACUACUAAGAUUGCGUACCAAUUGGCUACAUCGUUAAAAGAGUUAUCAUUAUUUUACAUUAAUUUGAUUUUGCUUCAAGGUGUGGCAAUGUUCCCUAUUAGAUUACUUCAGAUCUCAGAUUUCCUCAUAUUGAACUUAGUUGGGAGAAUAUUCUUUUUAAGGAAGUUUCUAAUCAAGACCCCACGAGAUUAUAGAUAUUAUUAUUACACUCCACCUAUCUUCGACUUUGGGUUACAAUUGCCUCAGCAUUUACUCAUAUUUAUUAUUGUCUUGAUAUACAGUGUUGUUAGCACCAAGAUUAUUGCUUGCGGCUUGGUCUAUUUUGUUUUGGGACACUUGGUUUACAAAUAUCAAUUAAUUUAUAGCUUUGUCCACCCCCCACAUUCCACAGGGAAGGUAUGGCCCAUGAUAUUUAGAAGGAUGAUCCUAGGGUUAAUAAUAUUCCAGAUAUUUAUGUGUGGUACAUUAGCCUUGAGAGACGCUUACAUAUUGUCGGCAAUAUGCGUACCGUUAAUCUUUGUUUCAUUGAUAUUAACUUGGAACUUUGAAAAUUAUUACUUACCCUUACAUAAGUUCAUUGCGCUAAGGGCAAUUCAGAACCCGUUUGAUAACUAUGAUAAGGAGUUUACAGAAGAUGAUGAUCUGUCAAUUCACAGACCGGCAACUCCUGGUACAACCCCAAGCCCUGUUGUUACAUCAUCUUCUUCUCAAAUUGAAAAUGAAGAAUCUCCUUUAAUUGAUGACUCGAGGAAUGCUUCUAAUUCGAGCCUAACAAGAUCUCUUCGUAGAAGAAAAUCUACAAUCGACGAAGAUCGAGAGCAAUUUACAGACUACACUUACCCAUUCUUGAAUGAUCCAUUGAAUGGUCCCUGGGUUGGAUUUGAAGGUAAUUAUGUUUCAAUGUUGCAGUAUGCACAAGAGGAUAUCGAUGUAGAAGUGGGAGACAUUAGCAUAAUAUCAGCAUUUGAGAAUGAAAGAAUUAUAAAGAAAAGAUUAACAGUACCAGAGUGGGAAUAA